UUCCCUCUUCUCUAUUUUAUCCCUCUUCCUUUUGUUUUCCUUUCUCACCUUACUCUUUCUCUGUAUAUGAUGGGAAUCCAAAAGAAGGAAGAUCGAGUAAUGGGCUAAAACGGUAAAUCCAUCGUUGCAUCGUAAACCUCCAAAACAACGCAAGCGCUCCUCCAUUAUUAUUUUAACUCCACCGUCAAAGCCCCUUCUUCUUCUUCUGCUUCUCUCAUCGCAUGCUGAUAUGCUUAUUCAUUUCUCCUCUUUCUGCUCCAUUAUUACGUGCCCCGCAAGCUACUCAACCUUACCUCACUGCUAACUCUUUUCUACAUUUUUUUUUCUUUUCUCAUUAUGGUUUUACUUCAAAACCUUAAUAAUACCGGUACUCAAACUGAAAGUGGAACUGCAACUCACCUCUCUUCUUCUCCUCAUGAUGCCAACACCACUGAAACGCCGCGUUUCAGUGAAGACUUUGAUUCCACCUGCUCCACUCCCUACGUUAGUGCACCUACGAGCCCCAGCCGUGGCCCCACCUCGGGGUACUUCUUCAGCGCGCCAGCUAGUCCCAUGCAUUUCGUGCUAUCUUCUGCUUCCUCUGCCACGUCUCAUCUUUCAUCCGAGUCCUCGUUAAUGUCCGCACAAUCGGAUGGGUCGCCUUUCGAAUUCGAGUUCUCGUCUCGUUUCUCCAGCAGUAGUUCCGUAGCCGUUGGAUCCAUGAGUUCGGCUGAUGAGUUGUUCUUGAACGGCCAGAUCAGGCCCAUGAAGCUCUCCUCUCACUUGCAAAAACCUCAGACCCUAUCUCCUUUAUUAGAUCUAGACGACGACGCGCAGUUCAACAACGACCAGGAAGCUUCACGGGGAAGAGAUCUGAAAUUCCGAAGCAGAUCUCUUCACAGAAAGGCGAGAUCUUUAUCACCGCUUCGAAACGCAGAGUUUCAAUGGGAAGCAGAAGCAGAUGAAGAGUGUAGCAGAGAAGAACAAAAAGAAGUUAGCCAACGCAUUUUGGAAGGUUUGAAAGAAACUGUCACUUCAAACGAAACGACACCGUCGUGUUCUGCCUCUUCAUCAAGAUCCUCAUCUUCAGGCAGAAACUCCAAAAAAUGGAUAUUCUUGAAAGAUCUUUUGUAUCGAAGUAAAAGUGAGGGGAGAGGAAAUGGGAAGGAAAAGUUUUGGACUUCCAUCUCUUUCUCUCCAUCGAAGGAAAAGAAGAUUCAAAUUCAAGACGAAAAGGCACCUCCUUCCAAACACAAACUAAAGGAAAACAAACAAGGAGUAUGUAAGAAAGUGAGUUCUGGGAAACCGGCAAAUGGGGUUGCAAAACGACGGGUGCCUCCGUCACCGCACGAGCUACACUACACGACAAACAGAGCUCAAGCUGAGGAAAUGAAGAAGAGGACUUACUUGCCUUACAGACAAGGAUUGUUUGGGUGCUUAGGCUUCAGUUCGAAAGGUUACGGUGCACUUAACGGACUCGCUAGGAGCUUGAAUCCAGUUUCGUCCAGGUAGUUAACAGAGGAUGGAUUAAUCAA